AUGGAUUCGAUAGCGGUGGAAGACGAACAAGCAGCGACUCCAGACAUCCACACCGUGGACCCAAACGAAACGCGACAGCCACUCGUCAUCGGCGUGACAGUCACGGCGCUGUUCCUCUCGACUCUUGUCACGGCCCUCAGAGUCCACGUCCGCGCUUUUCUGCUGAGGAAAUGGGGCUGGGAUGAUUCGGCGUUGGUGGCAUCUUCUGUCCUCGUAUUCUUCGUUGGGCUUCUUAUGCUUAUUAAUACUCACUUCGGCGACGGGUUACACCAAGCCACGCUGCCUAGAGACAAGUUUCUCAAAUCUCAAGAGAUCGCGAUCACAGCUGUCGCCAUCUACCAAGUCGCCUACCCAUUGAUCAAAUCAACUUUUCUUCUUCAGUACCGGCGCGUCUUUCCAUUGCCAGCUUUUCAAAAGUUAUGCAAUAUUUUCCUAAUCUUUAUUAUUGCCUUUGGGAUAUCGCAGGUGGUUUCAGUCUGCCUGGCCUGUAUCCCGCUCAGGAGCCUCUGGGACCACACAAUACCCGGCCGAUGCAUAAAACUUCUCGACUGGUGGAUUAUUGGGUCAUCGAUAAACCUUUUCACCGACAUUGUCAUCUUCAUCAUGCCACUACCGCUACUGCGGACGAUACCCCUGCCCAUGAGGCAAAAUAUAGUGCUAAUGGCCACGUUCGGACUCGGCUUCUUCACCUGCGCGAUCUCAGUCAUCCGCCUCACGACACUAAAGAGCUCAUCAACCUCCACCGACGCAACAUACAACACCGUCAUCGCCGGAAUUUGGUCAAUAACAGAGCUAAGCUGCGCCAUAAUCUGCCUCUGCGUCCCGACCCUCCGCCCUCUCCUCGGCGGACAAAACUCAAGGGUGCGACCGCCCUCCUACCUCCGACCCAACAUCGAAGAGAGCGCCGACACAGAGCUCUACACGCAGUCCGACGGUGACGGUGGCGUGAAGAGCAAGACGCGGCGAUCGCGAGCCGAUUCGUGUGACCACCCGACCAGCGACCACAGGGAGAUCCAUCACGACGUCGAAGCCGGUGGCGGCGGUCGAGCUCCGCAUCCGCGUAUAGAUCUGAGUGACGUACCCGGGAUACUGCCCCCUCCCGCGGUGCACAUCACCCCGUACCAGAACUCGCCUUCGUACGAAGGCUCCCCGCAGCGAGAGACGAUACCCCUCACGAGAGUCGAAACCGAGGAAGGCGUACGAUUCUUAACCGUCGACGCACCCGAAACAGAACUAUCUACGCCGUUGAAACCCCCGCCACGGCGACAUACCGACAGAGGACUGAGCCCGGAGGACGGAGGAUAUUUUGGCGCCGUAGUAUGGGACGCGUCGGGCCAGCCGCGAUUACCUAGUGUGUCUCCUGUGGCAUCGAGGAGUAGCUUGGUUCGGGAUAAAGAUGAUUCUGACAGGCCUAGCUAG